AACGCUCCUCGGCUUGGUCAAUCGCAGUCAAUUGUGUGGCAUUUAAAGGCGGGAAGGUCAGGUGGGUGGGGGCGGCUUCUUCUUUUUGUAAAUGAGGUUACCACAGAAGGCGGCCCAAGCCCUUGUUCGGUGCCUUUGAGGGGAACCGAGGACGUUGUUGUGUCGCCGGCUGAGGCGAAGUAAGCGCCUAGUUUUGCGCCUCCCGGCAGAGCCGCUCUCUCGGAGUUGUGAGGGGACUUCUGGGGGCGGGUGGCGAGCGGGGCGGCUCCUCUGAGGCGAUGCAGCUGGGGGAGCAGCUCUUGGGCAGCCCGGCCAACCUGCCCGGCGCCCCCUUCUACCCGCUGGAGAGCGCGGGCGGCCGCGGCGGCGGCAGCUCGACGCGCCACCUCAGCUCGGGGUCUCCGCCGCGCCUGGACUUGGACAAGGGCGCGAAGAAGUUUGGCGGCGCCUCGGGGCCUCCGGCGGCCGGCCUGCUGGGCGAGGCCGAGGCGGCGGCCGACACGCCUCCCUUCGCCGCCGCCGCCGGCCAGGUUCCCGCCAAAGCGACCUCGGGGGCCGACGGCGGGCGCAAAAGCUCGCCUUGCCCGGCGGAGGAAGAGCCUCUGCCUCCGGCUCCGGCGCCGGCGCGCUACACUCUGGACGGCCUGAGCCCCGAGCGCUACUACCUGCAGUCGCCCGGCCCGCAGGGCGGCGGUGGCGGCGGCGAGCUGGGCGGCCCGUGCGCCCUGUUCCCUUACGCCGGGGCGGCGGGCGGCGCGCAGCCAGGCUCCAUGUACCCGGCGUCGGGCGGCGCGCGCUACCCGUACGGCUCGGUCCUGUCUCCGCCGGGGGGCUUUCCCAGCGCGGCAGGCAGGACGCCCUUCGCGGCGGCGGCCGGCGCCUACCAGUACGGCCAGGGGGCGCCGCCCGGCAGCCUCUACAGCCCCUACCCGGCGGCGGCGGCGGGCUCGUGCGGCGGGCUGGGCGCGCUGGCGAUGCCCGGCGGGGCGGGCGCGCUCCGAGCCCAAGUCUUCCUGUGCAACCGGCCGCUCUGGCUCAAGUUCCACCGGCACCAGACCGAGAUGAUCAUCACCAAGCAGGGCAGGCGGAUGUUCCCCUUCCUGAGCUUCAACAUCACCGGCCUCAACCCCACCGCCCACUACAACGUCUUCGUGGAAGUGAUCUUGGCGGAUCCCAACCACUGGCGCUUCCAAGGGGGAAAGUGGGUGACGUGUGGCAAAGCCGAUAACAACAUGCAAGGUAACAAGGUUUAUGUUCAUCCUGAAUCUCCCAACACUGGAGCCCACUGGAUGCGACAAGAGAUCUCUUUUGGAAAACUAAAACUAACUAAUAACAAAGGGGCCAAUAAUAAUAAUACUCAGAUGAUAGUACUUCAAUCUCUGCAUAAAUAUCAGCCUCGUCUCCACAUUGUGGAAGUGACAGAAGAUGGUGUUGAGGACAUGAAUGACUCCUCUAAGACACAGACAUUUAACUUCCCUGAAACGCAAUUCAUUGCUGUGACUGCAUAUCAGAACACUGAUAUCACACAGCUUAAAAUUGACCAUAAUCCUUUUGCAAAAGGCUUUCGGGACAACUAUGAUUCCAUGUACACAGCUUCAGAAAAUGACAGAUUAACUCCAUCUCCCACGGAUUCUCCUAGAUCCCACCAGAUUGUCCCAGGAGCCCGGUACAGCGUGCAACCAUUCUUCCAGGAACAAUUUGUCAACAACCUGCCACCGACUAGAUUUUAUAACGGGGAAAGAACUGUGCCUCAGACAAACGGGCUCCUCUCGCCUCAGCAGAACGAAGAGGUGGCCAAUCCUCCACAGAGAUGGUUUGUCACUCCAGUCCAGCAGUCUGGGGCCAACAAACUGGACAUGAACUCUUACGAAACAGACUACUCUCCUAGUACCUUACUUCCUUAUGGGAUCAAGUCCCUCCCCCUGCAGACAUCCCAUGCCUUGGGCUAUUACCCUGACCCUACGUUCUCCUCCAUGGCUGGAUGGGGGAGCAGAGGCUCUUACCAGAGGAAAAUGUCCGCUGGCUUACCUUGGGCCUCCAGGACAAGCCCCCCAGGUUUCUCCGAAGACCUGCUUUCUAAGGAGAAAGUGAAAGAAGAAAUGGGGUCAUCCUGGAUAGAGACGCCGCCAUCCAUAAAAUCUCUAGAUUCAAACGAUUCUGGAGUCUACACAGGCGCUUGCAAAAGGCGGCGACUCUCCCCAAGCACGUCCAGCAACGAAAACUCCCCCACGAUGAAGUGUGAGGACAUUAAUGCCGAGGACUAUGGCAAAGACACUUCCAAAGGCAUGGGCUACUAUGCUUUCUAUACCAGUUCUUAAGCCCUAGUCUCUGUGUUAGAACUUGACUUGGCUAUAAUCUUUCAGUGGUGUUGCGGAGGUCUUUUGCACAAAUGUUGCCAAAGGAACUCUUUACCUUCCCACCUUUUUGAAAAAAAAUGUUCUUGUGCAAUUCCAUAGAAGGUGCCAAAGCUUUUUGACUGACUUCUGCAGGUAAAAAAGGGAAGAAACUGGGUAGCACUCCAAAAUGACUUGGCCUCUUUACCCCCCACCCCUCCUGCUCCCCACCCCCAGCUAAGGAGACAGCGAGGGAGAAUCUCUAAGCAUCAUUCUGAUUUUAAGUGUGGCUUUCAGAAAGGGCCAGGAAAGGAGGGGGUAAUAAAGCAAAGGUUGUACAAUCAGGCCAGUGCGUAAGUGCUGUGCACUAACAAACAGUUUGAGGGAAGAGUUAGGUGCUUAUUGAACAAAUUACUACCCUAUUGGAUCUAUUGUUGUAGCUGAAUAGUGGAAAUAUUCAAAGUGGAGGCUUUAUCAAUAGAGUAUUUCUUCAUGAUGUAUGCAAAAACCAAACUUUUGGCUCAAUGAAUAAGCCUUGCUUUUUUCUGGGGAGAUUUUAAAUGACUUGGCAGAAAGUUAUGGCAGUGAAGGAAUCCUACACAGGUAGCAAAAACCCAGUAUUAAAUGUACAGCUCUGUGUUGUCUAGAUAUAUUGUGGACUAUGACAAAACAUUCUGUGUAGUUCUAGUCAUGGCAGUGCAGUUGAGUGUCUGAAGCCGGUGCGUGUUGGGAGUUCUUUAUUUAAAACAACUUCAAAGUGGAUUCUGAUGCUGAGAGUACAUCAAAAUAUAUAUUUAUUGGUAGGUGGUGAAUGUAUUUUUCAGCCGUUCUGAACUGAGUGUUGUAACUCCUCUUGCUCAAUCUAUAAAUAUUAUGAGACAAUGCCGAGGUGGCAAAAGACUUUAAAACAAAGCAUUAGUUUUAUGGCGGGG